AUGCUCAGCGCGUGCAUGGAUAUCGUAAUGUGGCUACCCGCUUGGCGCAUGGGCGCUACUGUGCCGCUAUGUGCCGCUUGCGGCUCUCUUUAUGCUUCCAACGCUAAGCUCCGUGUUCACUUUGUUUCUUCCCCUCGAUGUUGCCAGUAUCUGCUUGAACAUGGGGAUGCUCAUUUGCCCGGUGUUGGCGGCAAGGACGGGCAUUCUCAGGCACCACCCGUAAAGCGCGGAUCUCGGGUGCCCGAGGUUCCCCUUCUGGAUAUCUGUCCUGAGUUGCUUGCGGCGCUGCGUGCUCUGAGUGUGGCUGAGGAUCAGGAGAUCCUUGAUUUGGUGACGGCCUUCGUUGCUCCUUGGCCUGUGCUGCGUCGCACCCUUGAGAAGUGGCAGGCUGAGCUGCCGGAUGGGCCUUUGGCGGAGUCCCUGGCGGACGUGUUGCUUGUCUUUUGGCCAGAGCAUCUUUGUUCGAAGGUCGGUGGCAAGCUUGUGCAUCAUGGUCCGACUCUUGGAUUCCUCCCCCUUUUGAGCGCUCCCAUUUUCGUCCGGACGAGUUGCCGCUCUGCUCUCCCAGUCUUGUGGUGUGGGGAGCUUGUGGAUUCUUGGGUCUCGGCUUGGGAGUUUGGCGACGCCUGCCUCCGACAAGUGGAUUUAUCGGACUUGCCUGCUUCUGCUUGUGUUUGCCGUGGUCUGUGUGUGCAGAUGCCGUCUCCUGUGCAGUCUGACGCCUGCUACUUUCGGCCCGGCUCACAGUCGCUGCGCCGCCUUCGCCUACAAAAUGCUUGGACUCUUCGAUUCCUGAUGACUGCACAAUGCCUCGUCCGCACCGCACAGGAGGGAGCCCCUGCGGAUGUUGGUUCCCGAAACUGUUUCACCGUCGAAUUCAAUGCGCUUUUUCAAUACCACGACCGCGAGGAGUCGGGCCACUUAGACAAGGAGGAGUUCCUCCAGGCGCUGCAAAGCUGUCAUCGGCUUCUCAAGGCCGAGCUACCCAUGGAGUCGGAGGAGGCUUGGUCACAGGCUGGUGGGCACCACACCGGCUUCGUGAACUUUAGCCAGUUUGCUCACUUGGCGGAGGAGAUAGGCCUGGCCCUACCCGUGGGCCUCGAGAUCGCUGGGGCCACGAGACCCUGCAGGUUCCGUGUUCGCCUGAAGAACAACGGCGAUUUCGCCGAAGAGGAGUACACGUGCAGCUGCCCGUGCUUCCAAGCCGAUGCACGUGCGGGCGGAGGCGUGCUCUGCCACUGUGGCCACAAGCUGAGCAUGCACCGGUCAGACUUCGCCGAGGACACAUAUGCCAACAUCGACUCUCGUCUGCGGACACCCUCGCCGCAAAGGGGCGUUUGGCUCCCGGGCGAGGAGGGGCUGGUGCCGGUCAUGGAUCCGGUGGUCUUCCAGAAGCUUCAAGACCUUCUGAACGACAGCCACAAAAGCCAUGACAACUGGACUCGCGAUCGUGGUUGCAGGAUCCACGGCGUGAACGGUUGCUCCUGGGCCUGCGCGGCGAAGAACCGGAGCCCGGUUCCUACCGGCUUCACUCUGCACACCGCAUACAGGAAUCAAAGCCCCGAGUUGUGGCGAAGGUACUGCCUCUUGAAGCAAGCCAUACGGCUGGAAUGUGCCCGGAACCAGGGCGAGUUCAUGCAGCCGAAGCUCCUCAGUGCAGCUGACUUGGACUCAGACCUGGACAAGGACUGCAACGAGUGGCGUUGCUUCCAUGGCAGUGGUCCGGACAAGCUCAGGGGUAUUUGCGAGUCGAACUUCCGCCCAGCACUGGCGGGCACCGGGGCGACCUGGAAAGAUCCAGGAGCAGCUAAGGGCACGCCGCUCUACGGCUUCGGCUUCUACUUCGCAGAGCGCAUCACCAAGGCGGACGAAUACGCCCGACCUCUGCCGGAGGAUGAUGAACACGAGGGUCUCUGCUCAGUUCUCAUCUGCCGGGUGGUGGGCGGCCGUACCAAGGCGGCAGCCCUGAAAUGCUCUGUGGUUGAAGGUGCUUGCUCUUAA